GAAGGGAGGGAGCACUCCACAGCCGCCUGCUGCCCAGUCAGGACUCACACCAUGGAGCCAAAGGCGGCCCGACUGCGGAGGGGAGAAGGGCCGAGAGGAGAGCAAGAAGAGCGACCCUCGGGAGAAGGAAACACCAAGAAGGACGGAGACGUGGACUUGGUGCAAUGGACCCGACAUAUGGAGGCUGUGAAGACACAGCUUCUGGAACGAGCUCAGGGACCGCUGAGGGAGCUGCUGGAUCGGGCCAUGUGGGAGGCCGUACAAUCCUACCCACCACAAGGUGGACCUGUGCCCUCCAUUCCUCCAGAUUCCUCGAGCAAGGCCCGGGAGUCAUCCCUGGGGAAACGGAAAAUUUUCAUCAUCCGAAAGUCCCUGCUUGACGAACUGAUGGAGGUGCAGCAUUUCCGCACCAUCUACCACAUGUUCAUCGCCGGCCUGUGUGUCUUCAUCAUCAGCACCCUGGCCAUCGACUUCAUUGACGAGGGCAGGCUGAUGCUGGAGUUUGAUCUACUGAUCUUCAGCUUUGGACAGCUGCCCUUGGCGCUGAUGACAUGGGUCCCCAUGUUCCUGUCCACUCUGCUGGUGCCCUACCAGGCCCUGCAGCUGUGGGCGUGGCCCCGGGCUGGAGGGGCCUGGAUGCUGGGGGUGGCCCUAGGCUGCGUGCUGCUGGUCGCCCACACCGCCGUCGUCUGCGUCCUCCCGGUCCACGUGGCACUGAAGUAUCAGCUCCCGCCCGCGUCGCGCAGUGUCCUAGUCUUCGAGCAGGUCAGGCUCCUGAUGAAGAGCUACUCCUUCUUGAGAGAGGCUGUGCCUGGAACCCUUUGUGCCAGAGUAGGUGAGGGCACGCAGGCCCCCAGUUUCUCCAGCUACCUCUACUUCCUCUUUUGCCCCACACUAAUCUACAGGAAGACUUACCCCAGGACACCCAACGUCAGGUGGAAUUAUGUGGCCAAGAACUUUGCCCAGGCCCUGGGCUGCGUGCUGUAUGCCUGUUUCAUCCUGAGCCGCCUCUGCGUCCCUGUCUUUGCCAACAUGAGCCGGGAGCCCUUCAGUAGUCGGGCUCUGGUGCUCUCUAUCAUGCAUGCCACAUUGCCAGGCAUCUUCAUGCUGCUGCUCAUCUUCUUUGCCUUCCUCCACUGCUGGCUCAACGCCUUCGCAGAGAUGCUCCGAUUUGGAGACAGAAUGUUCUACCGGGACUGGUGGAACUCGACGUCCUUCUCCAACUACUACCGCACUUGGAACGUGGUGGUCCACGACUGGCUGUACAGUUACGUCUAUCAAGAUGGGCUGUGGCUCCUUGGUGGCCGGGCCCGAGGGGCCGCCAUGCUGGGUGUGUUCCUGGUUUCUGCUGUGGUCCAUGAGUACAUCUUCUGCUUUGUCCUGGGAUUCUUCUACCCUGUCAUGCUGAUACUCUUCUUUGUAAUUGGAGGGCUGAUGAACUUCAUGAUGCAUGACCGGCACACAGGCCCAGCCUGGAAUGUGCUAAUGUGGACCAUGCUCUUUCUGGGCCAAGGCAUCCAGGUCAGCCUGUACUGCCAGGAAUGGUAUGCCCGGCGACACUGCCCCCUACCCCAGACAACCUUCUGGGGGCUGGUGACACCUCGAUCUUGGUCCUGCCACACCUAGAGAUCAGAGCACCCUCACUGCCCAGAUGAUACCACUAAGUUCUUCUCUGCCUGCAAAGCCCGGGACUGGGGUGCCUCUCCCUGCACUCCCAGAUCUAGCUCCAAGUCAAGGGGGCCUGGCAGGCAUGACCCCACCAGGUAACUCCAGGGACUGCGAUCUAUGGACCUGGAGGGCAGCUGAGCACAGACUCAGAAUGGUGGUGGCUCUUGAGCCGCCAACCUCCUAGAUUGGGCACAGAGCCCCCUCCUACCUCAUGACUGUCCAGACUUGGGAAGACUUGAAGGAUCUCAUAGAUCUGGUAAUGCAGGGUGACCUAGAGAAGCUGAGGCUGCCAAGGUAUGAAAAGGGUUUGGCUCGCUCUUUGUACUGCUUCCAAUAC